GCCGUCACGUAAAAUGUUACCGCAACAAAUUAAGAGCUAUUAUAUAUUGUCACCAGUAUUAGACAGAUCAGUCGGAGUUACUAUAAAUGCAUCAGUUGACAUCGUUAGGAUCAUUCGUGUUACGGAUAGUGUAUGAUAUAAUUAAUUACGUUUUGUAUGUUCAAUCAAUAUGGAGAUGUGGUGGUUUUUGUUAUUGGUCGCGUCCGUUGUUAGUGUUAAUGGUUCUAUGGCUCCCUUCAUCGAGGCGUGCCGCGAGGGUGACCGGGAGUGCCUGUUGGCGUCGGCGCGUCGCGCGCUGCCGGUGGUGGCGGCGGGCGUGCCGGCGCUGGCCAUCGGCGCGCUCGACCCGCUCCACAUCGCGCGCGUCCGCACCGACAACGCCGGACUCGUCAUGGAGUUCACCAACACCGUCAUCAAAGGGCUCGGGAACAGCGAAGUGCUCAAGUUGGAACGGUCCGACACUAACAUGGAGCUGACGCUGAAGAGCUCGCUGAUGAUGGCGGGCGACUACAAGAUGUCCGGCAAGCUGCUCGUCAUGCCCAUACAGGGCGAAGGCAAAUACAAGAUCCGGAUCAAGGACAUGGUGACGCGCGUGUCCCUGGACUGGGAGGCGGUGGGCGGGUUCUGGCGCGUGCGCGGGUGGCACCACGACGCGCGCGUACUCACCGGCGCGCACUUCAGCUUCCAGAACCUCUUCAACGGGAACAAGAAACUAUCGGACGCGUUGCACCAGUUCGCGAACAGCAACUGGCGGGAGAUCUUCCAGGAGGUGGCGCCGCCCAUGGUGGAGAAGACCGUGGCCAUGAUCGUACAAGAGGUCACCAAGCUCUUCGACAAGGUCCCCAUCAGCGAACUCGUGAAAAGUUAGAUAGACGACGCCUGAGAAAUAAAAUCUUAUUCGGAAGUCAAUUUUGAGAUUACAGCCGCUGAUUGUGGCUUUUGAUACAGUAUUUUGUUUAAUUUUUAGGGUUCCGUAGUCCUGACAAGGAAGCCUUAUAGUUUCGUCAUGUCCGUCUGUCCGUCCCCGGUUUUGCUUGAAGACUGUUAGCACUAGAGAGAAAGCUGUAAUGUGGAGAUAUUGUGGAGAUAUAUAUAUCAAUCACGCCGACAAAAUGGUAGAAUAAAAGAACUUUGAUAAAGAUAUUUUAGUUGAGAUACAUAGGCCAAUAUUAAUUGAUUUUUUAAUAUCCGAUACAGCAAAUACAGACUCCUAAUAAAAAAUAUAUUGUGGUAACGACAGGCAACUACGGAACCAUACACUGCGCGUGGCACCACACACACUUGGCCGUUUUUUUAUACGAUAUGUUUGUUAUAGUGUGCGUUUGACUCAACGUAAUGUAAAUUGUGUGACUAUAUAAUAGAAAGGUUGCGAUUUAUUGGUUUUUUAUUUAUUCGCCAUGAUGCAUUCAUACACUUUCCCGACUUAUUAAAAACUCUUUAGAAAGACAAAAAGAAAAUAUGUUUACUCAGAAAAAAUAAACAAAUGCA